AUGUCAGCUAUUGCCUUAGAAAGCGCUAUUGGUGUCAAAAUGAUUAUUGACAAAAAAGAAUGGCGACUAACUAAGCCUGUUAGUAACCGUCCUGGAUAUGAUAUGGAAUAUUAUAGAGUAUAUCUCAGGAAUUACUUCAGUAGCAUGAAUAUCAAAAAAUUCCUUGAUAAUGAAAAACUCUAUGACAGCUUAUCAAUAAUGAGAAAGGAGGAGUCUCUAAUGCAGUGGGAUUACGAGUUAAAACUAACCUUCAAUCUUUAUUGUCGCAAAAAAAAUAUAGCAUAUACCAUACCUUCUGCUUGUUUGCAGGAUAUGUAUGACGUUGGACGAUGCAUAACUGAGAGCACUAGUUAUAAGAAAACCAUGUGGGAGAGAAUAGAAAUGGAACUAGAGGAAAUAAAUGUGGAGAAUCUUGGAUUCGAUCAUCCGAUUUGUUCAGGUAUUCUAGAUAUCAAGUCAGAACCCUUUACAAAUAUACCUGGAUCAGUUUCUGAUAUUUUUAAGGAAUCAUUUCGAAGAUAUAAGUUAGAAUAG